GUUCAUCGUUCUUUUGCCAAAACUUUAAAGUGAAAAUGUGGCGGUUUGAUCGAGAGGUGCUUUCUAUUCUGCUGAUGGUAAUCGGCUUUUCAUCUGCCGUUUGUUUUGGAUCAGAAAUAAGUCCAUUUGAGCCGCUUGCUGGACCAGUUCCCAAUCAGAAAACCUGUCCUGGUCUAUACUGUGGCAGAAAACUUCUAUUGGAUAGUCAGGACAACUUUACAUACAGCUCUUGUGGUGCUUGUGAUCGUAGUGAACGUCCUAACAAUUCUUCAAUCUGUAUACCAUGUAAUGGAACUCCAGACCUGUAUGACUGGAUGUACUUGGGGUUCAUGGUUCUAGUCUCACUGACAUUACAUAUCUUCUUCAUUGAUUACUUCUCAGAUGGUAAAAGCAAAGCAAUGACGCUUCACAUUUCUGCUACAUUAGAGUGUACUGUUUCUAGCAUUGUCACAUUGCUUGUUCUAGAUCCAGUCGGUUCACCAAAGCUAAGGUCUUGUGAUGUAUCAGAGCUGUCUGAUUGGUACACCAUGCUUGAGAAUCCACAACCACAAUACACUUCAACUCUACACUGUACACAAGAAGCAGUCUACCCUCUGUAUACUGCAGUAUUUAUUUAUUACAGCAUCCAUCUAGUUCUAAUGAUGUUAGUGAGACCAGGUCUGUCCAUCAAAUUCUCUGAUAACCUUGGAAGAAGUUCUAUAUAUGCUGCCCUCUACUUCAUUCCGAUCCUCACCGUCAUGCAUGCAGUCUUCGCUGGCCUCAUUUAUUAUUCUUAUCCAUACUUAACAUUGAUAAUAUCAUUGGUGACACAUGCUGUGCAUUUUGCCAAAGAGGAAAUAGAGACACCCAGACUGCUGAUCAGUAAGAAGCGAAACCCUGUGAUACUCUUCAUCCAUUGGCUGAUGCAUGCGUAUGGAAUCAUUGCUUUGACAAGGCUACAGAAUCCAGUCAUAUAUGGACCUAUGUUAGCAUGUAUCCCAUUUCCUGCUAUUUUCUACAUUGUGACGGCAAGAUUUGCUGAUCCCUCGCAGUUAUUGGCUACAUGAUCAUUAUCUCUGCACUUUGAAAAGGUUUUAUAAGUGGACUAUAUAAAGGUUUGUAAUUGCAUUAUAUAAAGGUUUGUAAUGGCACUUAAUGAAGGUAUCUAAAUCUAGUGAGUAAACUCCUGGACCGUAGGUAUUUUUCUACCACAAGUACUGGUUCUGCUGCGGCAUGCACAUAUUUUGGCAAGAAGUUCAAUCCAACAAUAUUUCCAAAGGAAUAAGCAUCAGUAACAUUUCUAAAAGUUGUAAUGCAAUGGAGGUACAUGUAACAACUCGGUAAGCAAAGCUUGUAAGAAUUGCACAUAUACAUACAUUAAAUUCUCAAACUCUAGAUAAUGUUCUACAAGUACUUGUCUUGAUGCGGCAUGUGCUUUCUUUGGCAAAAAGUAUAUACACAAUGGUCUAGUGAGUAAACUCCUGGACCAUAGAUAAUGUUCUCGAAGUAGAUAUACAAGUACUAGUCCUGUGUUAACAUGUGCUUUCUUUGGCAAAAAUUUCAUAGAGUGUGGUCCAGUGAGUUAACUCCUGGACCAUAAAAAUUGUUCUACAACUACUUGUCUUGCUGUAGCAUGUGUUUUCUUUGGCAAGAAGUUCAUACAUUGUGGUCUAGUGAAUAAAUUCCCAGACCGUUGGUAUUGUUCAAGUACUGGCCUUGCUGUUUAAUGCGCUUUCUUUGGCAAGAAGUUCAUACAUUGUGAUCAAGUGAGUAAACACCUGGGUCCCAUUCCAUAAGAUAGUUACUAUUUUGAUUAUGU